UCUUUUGUUUCCGUAUUUGAGGGAACACAAAGUUGUAAUUUUUAAGCUACAUGGAAACGGAUUUGUGCCAAGGACAAGCAAGUGUUUAUUUAUUCAUGUAAUGUUUAUAUCGAUUCAGAUAACAUACAGAAGUCUCGUCAGAAAGCUCAAGUCGUACUGACUCCACUACUAUGGCGAACCCUCCUCCGCAAGCCAGAGACCAGGGUACUGUCAAUGCUGCUGAAUCUGGGAUAACUCCAACCCAGGCCGAGGACCUCGAGAGAAAUGCCUUCUUGUCUGUAUUGUGCUUCCCGCCUACAGGUUUGGCAGCCGUCUGGCAAGCACGUAACGCCAACUGCGCGGUUAGAACCGGUAAUGCCUCAGAUGCCAGCUACUACAACAAGUCUGCUCUGAGACUCAUGACCUUCAGCGUGUUCCUGGCCUUGUGUAACCCAAUUCUACUGGCUGUGUUACGUCAGCAGUUUAAAAGUGGAUAGCUUUGUCCCUCUCACAGGGGGGAGGUACAUGAGGAUAGGGGGAGAGGGCUUCUCUUAAAAUAAAUACAUUUGUUUUUAUAUACAUACUCUUAUCUAUUUCUAUUGUCAGGAAAAAAAGAUAAGACAUUAACUAACAAACUGCAGAGCUACUCAUCUUUGAAUCUAGACACCUGUAUACCUCAUUGAGAGGGUUCGUUAUGUAGUAGCUCAUUUACUUGAAUUAUUUUGAUUGCAAUUUAAUCUACAUUGUUUUAAUGUUAUAGGCUACAAUAUCAACCAGACUUUUUUCUCUAUAUUGCUAUUUGUUAAAAGGACUGGAUUUCAUACACUAUAGAUAUUAUUUGUAAUAGGUAUAGAUUUAUAACUGUCAGUAGGUACGCUUGUGGGACAACAGACUCACGCACACACACUAGUAACUAUUCAAAGUUUUUCAGACUUAAAACGUUUAUGGUUAUUUAAUAAAAUCCAAUAGUAAAAAUACAAAUAAAAAAUUGACCUCCCAUGACCUAGAUCUAUAAACAAACAAGACAGUUUUAGAUUUAAAAAAUACAACAUAUUUGUAUUAUCUUUCGAAUAAUGUUCCUUUAUUUUUUAAGUGAUCAAAUACUUUGAGUAUAUUUCACAUCCUGCAUAUCUAUUAUACAUAAAUGAGCUAUAAAUUUAUUAUAUUAGUAUAAUAUACGUUUGAGUGUUUACUUAACAUGUAAUGACUAUUAUUUAGAUUUAGGUCAGCAUAAAUGAAGUGGGUCUGAAUGAGAUAAUGGCUUCAAUGUAUGAAAUAAGUUUAUGACUUUAGAAAAUCCUUUUUCUAGAAAUAAACCUUUAUUUUUAAGGGGAAAUAAUU